AAAAACGAGAUCCUGAUUCAGAUCUGCUUCACUGUUUUCAAGUUUUGUCUUUCCUUUGAUAAGCAUGACAUUAUAAAACUCCCAUUGAGCUAUACAAAGUGUUAAACUUGAUGAAUAAUUUCUGUCAGAGUUAAAAAAAAAAGUUAAAAAAAAAAAAGUGGUUUCAGUGUUGGGGGCCAGGCCAAACUCUGGGAAGUGGUACUUAUUUCCAUAUGAAACUCCAGCUGCUGUGUUUAACCUGCAGUCUCUCAAAUAGCAGAGAGCACGGAGAACUUAAUUAUUUUCAUCUGUACAGCCAUACAUCAAAGAAAGGGUACAAUGGUCCCUGCUGCGCUUGUCAUUUUUGUGAUCGUUUCUAGAACUGAAGGUGUCCAUGCUUCCCAGCGACUUCGGAGGAAUAAAGCAUGCAUGGAUCUGCCAGAGCAGGUUUUGGAACAGAUGUUUGGGAGACUGACAACUGGUAUGAUGAGUGCCUUUCAUCAUGCUUUGCACCUGACUCCCAUGGAAAAGGAGAAUCGUACCUGUCCAUCAGGAAGAAAUCCCACAACAGAGAAGGCAUUCCGACUCCCCACUAACCUUCUUAGCAUCUCCCCUUGGACAUACAGUAUUUCAUAUGAUUCAACAAGAUAUCCAAAAUACAUCCCUGAGGCACACUGUCUGUGUAAGGGCUGUCUAACUGGUCUGCAUGGAGAUGAGAGUUUGCAGUUCCGCAGUAUACCAGUGUACAUGCCAAUAGCUGUUCUGCGUCGCACUUCUGCCUGUGCUGGAGGCCGUUAUGUUUAUUCAGAGGACUAUGUGACCAUACCAGUAGGAUGCACCUGUGUACCUGAACAAGAAAAAGAAAUGGACGGUUACAAUUCUAGUACGACCAAGGAAGAAAUAAAAUCUACACUGAACAAAACUUAAAAACUCAUAUAUUCAUUUUGGAGAAGAAAGAUUGAAGCACUGAAGUGAAACAUGAAAUUAAAGUUAGUAGGCCUAACUUUCUUAAUCAACCUACAAUAAGUGAACUGACCAUUCGUAUAGUCUGUAUAAACUUAUCAUUAAUGUAUAUGAUAUAUAAAUACCAUUGUAAUGGUUGUGAUGAAACUGACGAUGAAAUAUGUAUAGAACUGGAUUUCUGAUUUGCAUUAAAGUGCGUGUGUGUAUGUGUGUGUGUGUGUGUGUGUGUGUGUGUGUGUGUGUGUGUGUGUGUGUGUGCACGCAUGUAUGUGCUGGUGUACAUCUGAGUAGGUAUAAAGAUAUACAAUAGACUGUAGUGGAUAAAUACAUUCUGUGUUAAUGUACAUCAUGCAAUAAUUUUAUUAGUGUUUAUCAAUCCUUUGUAUUCCUCAAAAAGCUUUAAGUAAAAUAAAGUGUUUUACAAAACAAAGUAAUCACCACCAAAUAAACAUGAUUUAUUUA